AGGCCAAGCUUUGGUACAGGAAGAUAAAAAGCCAGGUUCCCAGGCCCUGACAAAGAAUACCUCGUGCAGCAUCACUGUCUGGUCACUCCUAUCUACUCCUCCAACCAGAACCAACCUUAGUCUGCCGCAAGUCGGUCUCCGAAAUCAGUUGACCUAUCGAUUGACUGUCCGACUCCUGCACCAUGUCCUUUGCGUUCACAGUCAUGACGAUGCUUCUGGGCUCUUCAAUGGUGACUGCAUUUGUCUUGCAGCCAUCCAAGGAAGAACCUGCUGCCGCUGCUAACUCUCCUGCCUCCCACCACAGGUGCCAGGGAGGGUCAUUGCAGUCCAUGAGGAAGGGUCUCCUCGAGGCUCUCAACUUGCAGGCUGAGCCACGGCUGCCUGCUGGUGCGCUGGACGGUGUCAGAGAGCAAUGGAGGACCACCUUCGGCUCCAUCAUUCACCAAGACACUGCAGUUCCAACAGCCUCUGGCUACUCUGUGUCACUAGAUGCUGGAAACAGUACGAGCCUGAAGUGCUGCUCCAUGGCCUCUGAAAUCUUCAUGAAAGAUCUGGGGUGGGACAACUGGGUGAUCCAUCCUGCCAGCCUUACCAUCGUUCAGUGUGCUCUCUGCAACCCUGAAGGGAACACUGUGCAAUGUCCAUCACCCCACACCAAUGUUGAUGAAGUCGACACUCAGGUGCCAUGUUGUCAGCCCACCUCCCAGCAAAUGGUGCCUGUCCUCUACUUGGGUGAAUUCAACACCCUCAUCAUUGCCUCUGUGCAGCUGGCUCGCAGCUGCGGCUGUGGACCUAGUCACCUCCAGCAACCUGGCACAGAGUAAAGUUUGUUCUAUAGUCAUGAGCGCUAUUUAAAGCUACUAACUGUUACUGAGUGUUCCCAACAAAAAUGUGAGACAUGUGCAGUGCCAAAUCCUCACACAGGCCAGUUGAGUCUGUGUCUGUGAAAUGACUAUUUCCUCUAAUGGACAAUAAGUCAAUUUAAUCCCAAAAGACUGACUGUUUCUUUAAUGUGGUAAAAACAAAACAAAAAUACGCUUUCCAUGUUGAGGUCAAAUAUUCUUCGCGGGGAGAGUAAUAGGAGAGGAUUGUGUUCCCAAGCUAAAGUCACUGCCCCUAAAAGUUGGUAUCAAUUUCUCCGUACAUCAUCUGUUUUGUGCUAUUCACAAAUGUCCAUUGGCCCUGCUCCAAUUUCAUGUUUCAUGCUAUUUCAUGCUAUUUAAAGCUACUAACUUUUACUGAGUGUUCCCAACAAAAAUGUGAGACAUGUGCAGUGCCAAAUCCUCACACAGGCCAGUUGUGUCUGUGUCUGUGAAAUGACUAUUUCCUCUAAUGGACAAUAAGUCAAUUUAAUCCCAAAAGACUGACCGUUUGUUCUCAUGAUUAGUUAUCGUUUUCAGUUUGUCAUUUUGUUAUACUGUAGGCUCCCACUGACUUUACAAAGUUACCUCACUAUUCACUUUAUUUUAGUAUUUAGUAUUUUUUACAAGUGGACUAUUACUUUUUCAGUGAUAUAUAACCUUAGCCUCAAUCAAUAUAUUCAGAUCUAAUACAAAAUGUUUUAUUGUGCUGAUGACACUGCCAUGACAUCCUAAUCAUUUGUACCAAUUUCCUGAUUUCUUGCUCACAAUUUUUUGAAUAAAGAUGAUUGAAAUCAA